AUGAGCAGCACGAGCGCGUCCUCCGAGGAAAGCGCGGGUGGUGGUGGUGGUCGUGGUCAUUACGGGGGUGCAAACAUAUCCUCCCCUGCGUCAGCGACGCCGUAUUAUUCUCACCAAUCGCAUAUUUUGCAGCACCAAGUCGGAGUUGACUUUCUCUCGUCGUUUCAGCUUCAGCAAACGCAGACGCAGCAAAACCCCGCGGCGCAACAAACGCGAGGGGAACAAUCUUCGACGAAACUUUCUUCUCCUUCUUCGCUCUCGUUGAGUGGUGGUCAAGGUGGUGGUUCCGGGCAGCAACACGCGCAGUCGUCAUCAUCGCCGCAACUGCAGCAACAACAGCAACAGAAGGCGACGACGACGACGACGCAACAACAGUCUCAACAAUUCUUUUCGCACGUGGUAGCCGCUGGGUGGUGCGCGCAAGCCGCGGAGAAUAAUCAAAUCAUGGGCGAGCUCGGGAUGCGAGCGUAUUUUAACCCGUACGGUAUCGCCUUGUCCGGGUGGGAUAUCGAUCAUCCUUCGCACGAAAGUCAAGAAAUAGAGCCUUCGAGGUUGAACGAGUUCGCUUCGAUCGAUGACGUGCACACGUCCUCGGAACAAGAAGGAGGAUAUAACAUGCGGUUCCACCCAGAUCCAGACGCGAGAGAGGCGUAUGGUGGAGCGAUGUCGCUGAGAGAACUGUCCGAUGCGAUCGAUUGGCACGACUGGAACUGCCGGGACGUGUCGCUCGCGGCGAAGGACCGGUCGUUUACGCCGCCGUAUUUAGGAUUGUUGAGAGGGUAUUUGAACGCGUAUUUCUUACGGUUAGUGGAAAUUGGAAGAGUCAUUCAGUGCUUUUCCGACGAAGGAAGAGCGGUGUUCGUAGCUUUCCACACCGGGUUGUUGACGAAGAAGGAGAAGAACGAGUUGUAUUGCGUGUUGCAAGCGAGAGAGGUUUUGGGAGGCGCGAGCGGUCAAACGCAGCGCUAUCAACAACAUCCGUACGAGCUCGUCGCGUUUGUGACGAAAGAUCGACUGAGAGAUCCAAACAUGCCGUGGAAUUACAUCGAGCCUUUGAUGCGCGCGCCAGAUCCGGCUAUCUUUUACGACGAUCCUUUAGAUUUGGUCUACGACGCGCACGCCGCGUUGGACGUGGACGCCUCUUUUUGGGAACAGUUGGACGAUUUAUCGUUGGUGAGUUCAUUUUUGCCGAAGAAUCUUUUGAACUCGCAGUAUUUGCGAAGAAUAUCGGCGAAAGAGGCGAUCAAUCGAGCCGAAAGAAUUUGCAAGUUGGAUCCGAAGCAAGCUGCUUUGACGUUUACGAGAUUAUACGGGCCUCGGCAACCGGGGGAGACGCGCAUGGUCCUUCCUUUGACAUUUAUCGAUCACGAAAGCUAUAACGCUUUGAGUAGCGAUGGUGAUAAAAGCGCGUCUUCGACAUCAAUUGUUCCUUCUUCUUCUUCCGGAACAUCUUCUCUUCAAAUUGGAAACUGCGCUUUGAUUUGUACGUUCAUGAAGUCAAAGCGCGGCGUGAAUCGCGCGUAUCGAGCCAUCGGCUUGCAAUCUUUAGAAAGCGCCUUCAUGGAAGCGCGGAUUAUCGGUUCUGUCGAUCAGCCAUGGUUACGUCGAGACGGCCCGAAAGCACCGUCAUCGCAACUGCAACGACCGAGAACGGCGACGGACGGGGCGGAAGAAUACAGCGCGCAAUUCGAAGCGACGUUGAAACAGUUGCAAGCCGUGCAAACUUCGCGCGCCGCCGCCGCCGUCGCGGUCACCGCCUCUUCGAAGCAUAAAAAGCGAGAUCAACGGCCAAUGUCUCCGGGGACACCAGAUGGGCAGCACAUUUCGUAUUCGUACAAGUAUGGCGCGAAGAGAUCUCCGGUAUCUCCGGUUGAGAUUGAAGAAGACGAAGAAGCGAGAAAAGAAAGAGAAGAAGAAGAAGAAGAGGAAGAGGAAGAGUAUGUCGCUCGAUCGAGCGAAAGAAGAGCGGAGAUGGCCUACGCGAAUGCGUUAGUUCCAGUUACUCCUGGAACUGGGAAACCACCUUUAUAUGGCACCGUGGUGGCGGCAGCGGCAAAGCAAGCGAAAAUGCACGAAUGGAUCGAGCCGCGCAGUGCGAUUAAGAAGCAACAGCAACAGCAAAAGAAACGCGCCGCGGCGACGGACGAGGAAGAUGUAAAGGUGAAGGGUAAGAAAACAUCAACCUCUCGCGUGGCCACCUCUGCCGCGACCGCUCCAUCGUCUGGAGGGUUUACAUACGAAGGGCCGAAAGUGAACAUUCCGAAUUUGCCCGAGAACGUCUUAGAUGAGGUCUACCAAGCCGCUGGUUUGGACGUAUCGUAUUCAGAUAUCAGAGACGUGAAGGAGAUGCCGGAGAAAGAUCGACUGGACUACCUGAAGCGCCAAAAGAACGCGCAUAAACUUGCGGAAGAGAUUGUUUUAAAAGAGUUAGCGCCGUUCGGAGAAAUUAUCGACGUUACCGUCAGGCCGACUAAACACGCGGCGGAUCAAAUGUAUGCGGUCGUGACGUUUAAGAAAUGGUACGAUCUCGAGGCCAAGGAGACCAUCGAGAGCGGCGGCUUAUUCACGGUUGAAAAUUUUUUCAACAACGAAGGAAAAAUUGUCAUGCGCAAGAGCGAACGAGAUUUUGGCGCGCCGGCGAAGAAGAAGAUUGAAAUUUCUCCCGCGGGUGCUGCAUUGGGUGAAUUUAUGGGUACUAAGAAGAUGCUCGACGCCGAUGAAGAUGUGCGACCGCCGGUGGAGCCCAGAUCGGGAUGGACGAAAACGAAGCACUCGAGUAUUUCUGGCCAGCGCUUGUAUCAAGGGAACUGUGGAAAAUGCGAAAAGACAUGCUUUGUGCCCUUCAUGCCAAUAGCUUCUAUGCCCAUUCCAAAGUGUUCGCAGUGCAUGAACGAAGAGAUGCGAAAGAAGUAA